UAAGCCAGAAUUGUAAACGCAUAUCAAAAAUGUGCGGGCGGCUUCAUGGUCUUUAUAUUUGAUGCCAUUAGAAAGGUUAUCAGCGUGAUUGUUUCAGUUACUUCGCGAAGAGGAGAGCUAGAGAAAAUGCCCUUGCCUUUACCCCUUCAUCAGCAGUUAUUUCUGCAGGGCCCAGGUGAGCCGAUGCAAGUGGAUGCCCAACCAGAGGCUGAGGAAGUUAUCGAAGAGCAGCCAUUUAUUGUUGAAAAUCCUACAUUGGAUUUAGACAUGUAUGCAAGUAGUUACACUGGCCUGGCUAAAGUUAACCGUUUGCUGUUUAUAAGUGAGCAUUGCCCGUCAUUGAAAGUUGAAGCGCUGCGUAUGGCGUUGACGUACAUUCAGACAACAUUCAACACUCAAACCUAUAUGAAGAUUCACCGAGAACUAGCGGAUGCAUUAUCUGGAUCAUCAAUUUUACCUGACGCAGUUGCCGGUGCGUUACACAACGUUCCCCCUCUCGACUCGCAGUGGGUGGAAGCCACAAAUAAAAGCGCCGCCCUUAAGCUUGAGAAGUUAGACUCCGACUUAAAGAACUAUAAAACAAACUCAAUCAAAGAAAGCAUAAGGAGGGGGCAUGAUGACCUUGGGGAUCAUUAUCUUGACCAAGGUGACCUCAGCAAUGCCCUCAAGUGUUACUCAAGAGCACGAGAUUACUGUACGAGUGCAAAACACAUAGUUAACAUGUGUCUCAAUGUCAUAAAGGUCAGUAUUCACCUGCAGAACUGGUCACAUGUUUUAAGUUACGUCAACAAAGCAGAAGCUACGCCAGAGUUGUCAGAAAGAGAAUCGAAAGAUAAUCAGAAGAUAGUUGCAAUCUUAAAAUGUUCGGCAGGAUUGGCGGAGCUAGCGAACAAGAAGUACAAAUCAGCUGCCAAGUAUCUCCUUCAGGCGCCUUUCGAUUAUUGCGAUUUUCCAUCAAUGUUGUCUGCGAGUAAUGUUGCUAUAUACGGUGGACUAUGUGCGCUAGCAUCGUUUGACCGUCAGGAGUUACAGAAGAAUGUCAUCUCUAGUAGUUCUUUUAAGCUAUUCCUCGAGCUGGAGCCACAGUUACGUGACAUCAUUCUGAUGUUCUACGAAUCAAAGUAUGCAUCUUGUCUCAAGCUUCUUGCGUCGAUCAAAGACAACCUCUUAUUGGAUAUGUACCUAGCACCUCAUUUGAAUACGCUAUACUCACAAAUCAGAAAUCGUGCCCUGAUCCAGUAUUUUAGUCCGUAUGUAUCAGCAGACAUGCGUAAAAUGGCUACCGCAUUCAACUCGACGGUCAGCGAUCUUGAGGACGAGCUGAUGCAACUCAUACUCGAUGGCCUCAUUAAUGCACGCAUUGACUCUCAUAAUAAGAUAUUGUAUGCGAGAGAUGUCGAUCAGCGCAGUUCAACUUUUGAAAAGUCACUUGCCAUGGGAAAGGCUUUCCAGCGAAGGACAAAGGCAUUGAUUAUGCGAUCUGCAAUGCUUAAGAACCAAGUGCAUGUUAAGAGUCUUCCCAAGGAAGGCUUCAGUGGUGAACAGGUUGAGCCGGUUAUAGCACCAGCAACUACGAAUCGAUGAUAUUCCAUAAAAAAUGUCACCACACCUCAUGCAAUAGCCAUUAAAAAAAACUCUACACAGCGCCAACUAUCAGAUACGAGUUUUGGGUUGUCAGAGAAAUGUAUUGAAUCGCCUGCCUACUGUCUGUUCGUAAUGAUAUCCAGUAUUCAGAAGUGUUUGAAACACAGUCAACAUUUGAAAAUUGCUUGUAGCGCCUUCUAUUAGAAAUUAUUUGCAAAGUUUCUCCAGGCAACUGUAUGAUGGCAGUGUUGAAGGACUUAGACUAACAUUUAACACACAUAACAUUUUUUUUGGUCUAAUAAUUUAAUGACAGUUUGUAUAGUAUUUGUGGUGUGUCAUUGGCCAUAUUCAACCGGUUCAUUUCAUUGUCAGCGAUUUUUGGUUUAAUAUUGUUUUCAUUCGGCUGGUUUGUAAAAUAGACUUAAAUAAACGUAAACAAUUGUGCGUUAAUUUGCAAUAAUUUAUCCAGGUGACCAAAACAAAGAAAACUGAUUGGUCAGUUUAGCAAAAACAUUUGUGUUAAUAAUGCAAUUUAGAUUAAAUUUCAGAAAAUAAUAAUUAUAACAUAUAAAAUCAAAAAAUAAUUGUAGGCUAACCAAAUUGAAAACUACCUAAAAAAUAUUUGUUUAUGAUAAAAUCCAGCUACCACAAGCCAGAGCAACCAUGACUACUCUAGCAUGUAUCGCUGUAACUACACAGCGAUUUAAGUAUUUGCUAGUUUUCUAUUUGUCUGGUGGACUUAAAGUAGAAUUUUAGCACUGCUCAGGCAGGCGUGUUUUAACAAAGGACGACCAGUUGAAUACGGCCAAUGUUAAACCUAGAACUAAAAACAGCCAAUAAAAUGGAAUUAAUGAUGAGAAAUUAUUAUAAUUUUACAGUAUGCUUUACUAUAACUUUGUAGCAAUUACUGUAUCAUAUUUGGUUAUAUUUAUAACAGAAACAUUCUUUGUUAAUACAUGUUAUUAUCUACAAAAAGAAAUACUUACUUAAUAAAUACCAUUCAUAUUUAAUAAGUACAUAGUAAUUGUCAUGUAUAUACAUCAUGUUAAUAUGUUGGCUGGCAGCGACAAGUAAACUCGUCUCACAGGGAUUUACUGAGGGGAACCAGGGACGAGUUGCUUAAAUAAUCACAUUCUUAAGUUAAUUAAUAAAGUUACUUUCUAAUAUAAAUUUUUUAUGCUAUUUUGUGGAUGUCAGAUAAAUGAUAGAUAUUUUAUUUUGUGGAUAAAUAUUGGAACCUGUUAAUCCAAAUGAUACUAUUAAGUUGAUUUGUUAACUAUGGAUGUUUUGCAAUAUAAAUUUCUUUGUCUAAACAUGUAAAACCCUGUCCAGAUAUUUUAUUUGACAAAUACAUUUGGCAUGCCUAAAUAUGGCCAUGAUGACAUCACAUCAUGUCCAUGUAUAGGCACAUCAUGACUAUAUAUGGGCACAUCAUGACUAUAUAUGGGCAUACAACGGUUUUUGUCAGAGAAAAUUUGAUAGUGUGUGGACAAAGCUUUAAGCUAGUGUGAUUUGUCCAUAUAUGGGCAUAGUGAUGUCUUAUCACACCCAUAUUGGGCAUGAUCAUGUCAUAUCAUAUCACAAGCCCUAUACAAUUAAAUAUAUUUGUCACAUGAAACUUGGACGUGUGAACACAGCUAUACAAAAUGACAAUGAAUAUAUCACAUCGAUAUUUCACACGCUGCAGAUGUUUUUUUUUGUUUUUGUAAAAGUCCCCAGUAUUUGAAGACUCCUCAAUGUACCCUACCAGAGUGUCAAACAAACUUAAUAAAUAACUAAGUAGGACAGGGUCAGAAAUAAACACGUCUCACAGACGCACAACGUGUUGUACCAGUGGCGGAUCCAGAGGAUUUCUGACGAGGGGGCACAAUAUGAAGUUCUUGCCGCCACGCCCACCUCAGCCCCACCAUGUUUGGUGUAAAUAAGUGGCAAAUAAUAAUAACUCAAAUUUUUCUCACUCUUUUUUAUUUUUUGGUAUGACUGAUGGCGGGGGUGCGGGAGGGGGGAGCACGGACCCUCAUGCCCCACCCCCUGGAUCCGCCACUGUUGUACAUACGUUUACGCUGUCAUUUUGUGAGAUCUUAGUAUCAAUGCCCCAGAUGUUCGGUCUGGCACGAUGUACACAUAUAUAUUACCGUAUUAAUUCAUAUAUUAAUUCAUAUAUACCAUAGUUGUCUCAAGCGCAGUGGCGGCUCUAUUAUACAUUUUCUGGGGGAGCUAAGCUGUCCGAUAGGGAGACUUAAGCUUGUAUGCCUGAGGACAGGGAGUGAGAUUUUUUUUUUUUAUAGAUAGGACCUCUGGAUGACCGGAAAUGGCAUUCUACGACUGUGAAAGACAUGUUUUGGCUUGGUGUGGGCCUAUUUUUAAUUAAUUUUUUUUGGUCCAACUGCCCGACGAGCUCGGCCGGUGGGUGGGAGGUUCUUGACGCUUGACUUGUCCGAUGGUUGGGGUUAUGCCCCUCUGCCCCUUUUGAGCUUGUCAACAAAACAAAUUUCCUUUUUUUGGACUAAUAAAGUUUUUGUAUUCUGCUGGCGCCGCCACCGCUCAGGCACGACAGUCCAUUCUCAUGUAUUGUUUUGUUAUUGUAAAGUUCUACUCACAAUAUCAAGUGUUAGUGACAAAAGGUCAUGAUUUGACCGUAGGCUAUAUGGGUUGUGGUAUGACAUCAUCAUGCUUAUAUAUGGGUGUGAUGGGACAUCACCAUGCCUAUAUGUGGGUGUGAUAUGACAAUAUCAUUCCUAUACACGGGUUGAAUGGCAUCAUCAUGCCUGUAUAUGGGCAAACCACACAAUUAUUUUCAUAAAAUUUGAAUAGAGCUUUGGAUUGCAAAACUUUCCUUUUGAAGUGAAGUAAAGUGGUUAACUUAGCUAAGUUCGUCAGAAUUAUUCUGAUCAUUAAAUAAUCUUUGUAUAUAUAAAAUGUA